CGGUCGCGCGGGUGCAGGGUCGGCGCAGGCUCGCGCAGGGCGGCGCGGGUCCGGGCAUGAAGCUGGGCCGGGCCGUGCUGGCCCUGCUGCUCCUGGCGCCGUGGGUGGUGCGGGCGGUGGAGCCCAUCAGCCUGGGGCUGGCCCUGGCCGGCGUGCUGACCGGCUACAUCUCCUACCCGCGCCUCUACUGCCUCUUCGCCGAGUGCUGCGGCCAGAAGCGGAGCCUGAGCCGGGAGGCACUGCAGAAGGAUCUGGAUAAGAAACUCUUUGGACAGCAUCUUGCAAAGAAAGUGAUUUUAAACGCUGUGUCUGGUUUCCUGAGCAACCCGAGGCCCAAGAAACCUCUCACGCUCUCCUUGCACGGGUGGACCGGCACGGGGAAAAAUUUUGUCAGCAAGAUCAUCGCCGAGAAUAUUUACGAGGGCGGUCUGAACAGUGACUAUGUCCACCUGUUUGUGGCCACGCUGCAUUUCCCCCACGCCUCGAACAUCACCCUGUAUAAGGACCAGUUACAGCUGUGGAUCCGAGGCAACGUGAGUGCCUGUGCAAGGUCCAUCUUCAUCUUUGAUGAGAUGGACAAAAUGCACGCUGGCCUCAUAGAUGCCAUCAAGCCUUUCCUGGACUAUUACGAUGUGGUGGAUGAGGUCUCCUACCAGAAGGCCAUCUUCAUAUUCCUCAGCAAUGCUGGAGCAGAGAGGAUCACAGAUGUGGCUUUGGAUUUCUGGAGAAGAGGGAAGCAGAGGGAGGAAAUCAAGCUCAAGGACAUGGAGCACGCCUUGUCUGUGUCUGUCUUCAACAACAGGAACAGUGGUUUCUGGCACAGCAGUCUGAUUGACCGAAACCUCAUUGAUUAUUUUGUCCCCUUCCUGCCCCUGGAAUACAAACACCUGAAGAUGUGCAUCAGGGUCGAGAUGCAGGCCCGCGGCUAUGAGGUUGACGAGGACGUCAUCAGCAGAGUGGCUGAAGAGAUGACCUUUUUCCCCAAGGAGGAGCGCGUUUUCUCUGACAAGGGCUGCAAGACGGUGCACACCAAGCUGGACUAUUACCUCGAUGACUGAUGGCCCACACCAGGCUUUGAGAGGAACUCAACGCUCAGUCUGCCCCUGCUCCUUUCCAGGGAAGAGGAAUCAAAUGGAUAUUUCCAGGGGUGCAGCAGGAAUUCUGGGCCUGUUCCCUCCGUGGAAGGCCACAGUGCCCUACCUUACAGAACCCAGAUAUGGACAGGAGGUGUUGGAGCCUUCAGAGGAGAAAACUGCAGCUCCCAGCCCACCCACUCCAGGGCUUGUGAUUUUUUAAAAAUUAUGUUUUAAUUUCACUUAUUUCUGUUUCAAGGAACGAUAAAUAAGUUUUACUGAAAAUGUGAUAACUUUAUUUAAGAUGGUUUUUAACAUUAUGAGAAACUUUUUUCAGAUUCUAA